AUGCAGUCGGGCUCCAUGUCUCUCCUGGUCUCUCCUGGGGACUGCAGCGGAACAUCCUACAGAACUCACUGUUACAUCCCAGUGCCUCCUUCUGUUGCCCUUUGCUCCAGUGAUGUAAGCCCUACCUUUGGGCUCUGCUUGCCCAGCAACUACCAAGGAAAUCUCUGGCUCCUGGACAACUGCCAAGAAACCUGUGAUGAAAUCCCAAGCUGUGAAUCUCCUAGCUGCGAGCUCACGACCUGUAAUGCAAGUUGUACAAACUCCUGUGUGCCACGCAACUCUCCAACAGUGGACAACGUUUGCAGUGUCCGUGAAACAACCAAAACUGGCCUCAACCCCAGCUGCAACCCAUGCACUCAGACCAAGGGGUAUGUAUCUGGUUGCUACACACCCAGCCAAUGCGGCUCUAAAGCAAGCCAGACCCUCAGCAAUAGCUUCAAAUUCUUUGGGCCACUCAAUUGCUUGUCCAACAGUUUCCGGCCCCUAAACCACUGCAGACUGGGUAGCUUGGGGUAUAGAAGCUAUCAAAAUCUUGGCUUCAUACCCAGUGGCUUCUCACCAUCAUGUUAUAUUCCCAGAAGUUGCCAGUUCCAAAACUAUUUAAUGAGAAAUCCCCGAUAUCCAACUUAUGGACCCAUGAGAUGCCAACCGCUGAGGUAUUUUUCUAGAAGCUUCCAGUCUCUGAGCUAUAUACCAAGUACUUUUCCUCCUCUGAGGUAUUUAUGCAGUUCUUGCAGACCUCUGAGUUGCUAUUGA